UCAAGUUUGUCUCUCGAAGGUGGCAAGUCACAUCCCCGUCCAGUCCUCGACUCGCAGUCCCACCACCACAUAAUUCCCAGAACCGCAAUGCACGGUCCUCGACUUAACGUUUUAUUGCUUGUGCUUCCCCUGCUCCUCCUGCUCCCGGAGGCCACUUUUGCGGAGGACAAACCGUCGACGGCGUCAUGCGGUGCUUUCGGGUACGAACUGCUCGCCACCCGUUUGGACUCCCUGGAGAACGCGGCCAUUAAAUCGCACCUUAAAUCGCUCGAGACUUCCCAGAGCCUGCGUACCGACAUUCAACAGCUGACGGGCAGCAUCCAGAGCAUGAUGAUGGCGGCCCGGAAUGCUGAUGGAUUUCCGGGAUCAAAGCGAGAGCUACUCCGCUCCUGCAGUGACGUCCCGUCCAAAGUCUCAGGCCCGUACCGGCUGGACGUUUCGCGUGGUUUCCGGGAACCGUUCGAAGUGUACUGCGAGCAGCAGUUCGAAAACGGUGGCUGGUUGGUGUUUCAAAACCGCUUCGACGGUGGUGUUGACUUUUAUCGGUCCUGGGACGAGUACCGGCACGGAUUUGGCACGCUGGAUGGCGAGUUUUGGCUGGGGCUGGAGAAGCUACAUCAGAUUACGUACUCCGCUCCCCACGAGCUGGCCGUGGUGAUGGAGGAUUUCGCCGGGGAGGUGGCCAUCGCCCGCUACUCCAGCUUUGCCGUCGGUGGCGAAGCCGAGCAGUACAGUUUGGCCAGGCUGGGCACGUUCAGCGGCAGUGGCAACGAUAGCCUGACUUACCACAAGGGUGGCCGAUUUUCGACGUUCGACCGGGACAACGACGAGCAUUCGACGAAUUGUGCCGCCGAGUAUAUCGGAGCCUGGUGGUACAAGGCCUGUCAUCUCAGCAAUUUGAAUUCCAGAUAUCUCCCGGGGGGGUUGAACGCCGUUGCCAAUCGAAUUAUUGUGUGGCGCCACUGGAAGGGUGAUUUGCAUGCUUUGAAGAGAACGCGAAUGAUGAUUAGGAAAAUCGCGGGGGCGACCACGACGACUCCUUGAAAAUAAUUUAUUCAGUGCAUGGCGAUUAAAUUAGAAGAUGCUUGAAUAAACAUGGAUUCGAUUUGCAAACUCAA